GGAAAGAUGCUCUCUCCCAAUCACACCCAGUUCCACCCCUCUUCCUUCCUCCUGCUGGGGUUGCCAGGCCUGGAAGCCGCACACAUCUGGAUCGGUUUUCCCAUCUGUGCCGCCUACCUGAUCUCGCUCGUGGGGAACUGCACCAUCCUGUUAGUGAUCAAGACCGAGCAGAGCCUCCACCAGCCCAUGUUCUAUUUCCUAGCCAUGCUGGCCGCCAUCGACCUGGGUUUAUCCACAGCCACCAUCCCCAAGAUGCUGGGCAUCUUCUGGCUCGGCUUGAGGGAGAUCAGCUUCGGAGGCUGCCUCACUCAGAUGUUCUUCCUUCAUGUCUGCACUAGUCUGGAGUCUGUGGUGCUCUCCAUUAUGGCCAUUGACCGUUUUGUCGCCAUCUGCAACCCCCUGCGGUACACCACAAUCCUCCAUAACAAAGUGGUGGCCAUUUUAGGAUCAGUGAGUGUGAUCAGAUCACUGGUCUUCAUAACGCCAUUCAUCUUUCUCAUUCUGAGGCUGCCAUUCUGUGGGAACCACAUUAUUCCACACACCUACUGUGAGCACAUGGGCAUCGCACGGUUGGCAUGCACUAGCAUCAGAACCAACAUUAUCUAUGGCCUCAUAGCUUUUUCCAUGGGAUUUUUUGACACCUCUGUGAUAGGUUUCUCCUACAUUCAGAUUCUCCGGGCCGUCUUCCGCCUCCCAUCCUGGAAUGCCCGGUUCAAGGCUCUCAAUACUUGUGGCUCCCACGUCUGUGUCAUUUUAGCCUUCUACAUCCCAGGCUUUUUCUCCUUCCUCACCCACCGCUUUGGCCACCAGAAAAUCCCUCGCUGCAUCCACAUCCUCCUGGCCAACCUCUACGUGGUUGUCCCACCUGCCCUCAAUCCUGUCAUCUAUGGGGUCAGGACCCGGCAGAUCUGGAAGCAGGUGCUCAGAAUGCUCCAUACGAAAGAUUCCUGA